UUGUAGGCUUGUCCUCCGACUGGAGUGUCGGGACAGCGCUGCCAGCCGCGGGUGAGACCUCUCCUUUCUGCGCCUCCCCAGUUGUGGUCUCCAUCCCCAGCAGGGGAAAGGGCAAGAGUCACCUGGAUUCCCAAGAAUGACAGGCCCCGGGGCAGUUGAUUGACAGCUCUGCCACUCUGUGAUCCCAGACAUGCACUUUAGGAUGCUGAGUCAUUCGACCCCAAUGUUGAACGUGGGGAAAACGCAAGGGCAAGUUUUCAAUUUGAGUAUUCUUUAAAUGAAACAUUCAUAAAGCCUGAUAUAAAGAAGACAGACUUCAAUCAACAAUAUCAAUAAAAAGUUGGAAAAGAAAGAUGUUGUCCUUAAACAACCUGCAAAAUAUCAUCUAUAACCCGACAAUCCCCUAUGUUGGCACUAUUUCUGAGCAGCUGAAGCCUGGCUCUUUGAUUGUAAUCCGUGGACAUGUUCCUAAUGAUGUGGACAGAUUCCAGGUGGAUCUGCAGCACGGCAACAGCCUGAAGCCGAGGGCUGAUGUGGCCUUCCACUUUAACCCUCGCUUCAAAAGGUCCAACUGCAUUGUUUGUAACACGCUGACAAAUGAGAAAUGGGGCUGGGAGGAGAUCACCUACGACAUGCCCUUCCGGAAAGAAAAGUCCUUUGAGAUAGUGAUCAUGGUGUUGAAGAACAAAUUCCAGGUGGCUGUGAAUGGAAAGCAUACUCUGCUGUAUGCCCACAGGAUGAGCCCAGAGAAGAUAGACACACUGGGCAUCUAUGGCAAAGUGAAUAUUCACUCCAUUGGGUUCAGCUUCAGCUCGGAUUUACAGAGUAUGGAAACAUCUACUCUGGGACUGACACAGAUAAGUAGAGAAAAUGUCUGUAAGUCUGGCAAGACACAUUUGAGCCUGCCAUUUGAAGCAAGGUUAAAUGCCUCCAUGGGCCUUGGACGAACCGUUGUCAUUAAAGGAGAAGUGAAUACAAAUGCCAAAGGCUUUAACGUUGACCUAGUGGCAGGAAAAUCAAGGGAUAUCGCUCUACACUUGAACCCACGUCUGAACAUGAAAGCAUUUGUAAGAAAUUCCUUUCUUCAGGAUGCCUGGGGAGAAGAGGAGAAAAAUAUCACCUGCUUCCCAUUUAGCCCUGGAAUGUACUUUGAGAUGAUAAUUUACUGUGAUGUCCGAGAAUUCAAGGUUGCGGUAAAUGGUGUGCAUAGCCUGGAGUACAAACACAGAUUUAAAGAGCUAAGCAGUAUUGAUACAUUAGCAGUUGAUGGUGAUAUCCGUUUGCUGGAUGUAAGGAGCUGGUAGCUACCAUGGCUGCCAAAACCCUAAAAUACAAAUGGCUCAUGUGAUACUGGCCAUGUCAAAUGCAUCUGGCUUUUACCACAUUGUUUAUGUUGUUAAGUUGAGCUCAUACAACAUCAAUGUUCUACCUGGUAUUCUCAGGUCUGGCCACACAGUGUGGCUAUGUCUAUGUUCAGAGGAACAAAUCUGGGACAAUCUCAACUUACCGCUGGUGAGGCUCUGCACAUGAGUCCCCUCUUGUAAAAUCACAGUCAACAAAUAUUUAAGUGCUUACUUUAAUAUACUAGUUAAUUGGUAGGGAAGGCAUAUUUCCUGUGUAUGUUCUCUGAGCUGGGCAUAGACACAGAGGUGCCCAGAACCAGUGUGGACCCCGUUUUCUGGUACUCAAGAUCUCCCAUUGUAGGGUCUUUCUGCUGACAUUGCAUUAACCACAUUAGGGGGCAUGUGUAGUUAGGUCAGAAAAAUAUACUAAUGGAUAGAAAACAUUACUUCCCCAGUAAUCCUUUUCAUAAUCAACAUCCUACCAUAUAAGACUACCAAAUAACCCUUAUUUAGCUGUUGUUGCUUUAAGCUUUAUAAAAUAAUUAAUAUGCUGAACAUGGCAGAAAAA